AGAAAUACAUAUGUACAUACGUACUCGUACGUAGCUGAGUGUCAAUAAAUUUUAAACACGCGGCAGCCCGUGGGGCGUAGCAUGUGCCUAGCCUUUUGAUUACAACUACACAGCGCGUGAUUGCAACGCCCCAGCAGCAGCAGCAACAACAACAGUUGAUCGAAUUAAGUGUGCAUCGUGUGUGUGUGUGUGUGUAUGUGCGUUUGCUGUGCUGAUUGCUGCUUGUUGCGCCCGAGGCUGCGUGUCCGGCAAUUUAGCGGAUAUGCAGGAAAAUGUGUAACACCCCCGCCCAGGAAGCCAGCCGGCUGCAAUAAGUGCUAAUAAGUGAAGCGGACCGGAUGUAUUUAUGAAUUUUGUGCGUUUGACGCCCAAGCGUCGGCUCACACAAUAAGCGCGGACAGUGGAACAGCGGAAUAAUUGUGGAACACAAACACACGCACGCAAUCUCAAUACGGUCAUGCGCUGCCGCCUCAAUAAAUAUUUGCCUAUGGCCAGCUAAGCAACUCGCGCACUCACUCACUCGCUCAGUCGCUUUCUCGCUCACUUGAAUAGCAGCAACCCCCUCGAUCGCACGCGUCACGCACUGCAAAGCUUUUCGCUUCGUCUGCAAGUUGUUUUUGCACAAUGCGGCGGCCAACGUCGCUGCCGCCGCGAUUGCUUCGUCGCCGUCGCUAAACCCGAAGCAGAGAGAAGAACAACAAAUUUUCCAAAUUUUAAAUAGCAAUUACAACUAUCGCCCGCUUGGUGCGUUGCACUCUGCCUGUGUCUUCUGUCGUCGUCUCCGUCUCCGCCUCCACCUCCGAUUCCGCCGUUAUUAUUGUUGUUGUUGUUGUUGUGUUUGUUGUCAUUGAUUUGGCGGGUAGCAUGCAGCAGUGGCACACGGUAACAGCUGCUGCGACAAUAGAGACUAACUACAAUAGUUGCAGCGAUUAUUUCAAGCACCGUCGUCGUCGUCGUCGCCAGCGUUGCAGUUGCUGUCGUAGUUCCGUAACGUGGCCAGAACGUUGCCGGGCAAUUAUUAUUUUGUAAGACGUUUUACAAUUUAAUGGUUUUCAUGAAUGGACUGGGAUCCGACCCUCUGUCAGCAAAGGAGGCAGAGGGCCCUCCGGUUCAAGUUGAGCCAGUUGAUUUGAGUCUACGUUCGCCGCGUGCGAGCACCUCGCACGCCACCUGCCCCAGCAGCAGCGGCAGCACCACUAGAAACAGCAGCAAAUCCGCCACCAAAGCAGGACCCAGCAGCAAAGCCUACAGCAGCUCCAGCAGUAACUACAGCAACGGCAGCUACAGCAAUGGCAAGCAGGCCUCAUCGUGCUCAUCCUCCGUUAGUGGCUAUGCAAGUGCAGCUGGCUCAAGCUUGGGCGCCUUCGGGCGACAGCAGCAGCAGCAGCAGCAGCAGAUAUAUUCUUCCGGCGUCUCCAAGUUGCCAUUCUCGCCAUUCUUUGCAGCAUCGCCAUUCUUCUUCACGUAUCGACGCAUCAGCAAGCAGGAGGACAACAACAACAGCUGCAGCUACAACAACGGCAGCAGCAGCAGCACCAGCAACAGCAACAGCAACAGCAGCAGCGCUCUCAUGCAGGACUACGAUCGCAAGUUCAGCUUGCUGAGCCUCUUCAAAAGUCCCUAUAAAAUCACCGAUGCCCAAGCGUCCCGCAAGUGCUCCUCAGCGAGUGGCGGCAACAGCAUCAGCGGCAGCAAGUCCGCAAGCACAGGAACAACUGUUGGCGGCGUCUGCUCACCGCCCAGCUGGAAGAGCUACACGAGCUCAGGUGGGUCGACGCAUGCGGCACUGAACCCCGCCUUUGGCGGCCUGGCACUAGGYGGCGGGGCGCGUAAGGACAGCAGCAGCAGCAGUAGCUUCAGCGGCAUCAAUUUCGGCAGCAGCGGUGCGGGCAGUGGCGCCUCGUUCAGUCGCGACGCCGCCUCCAAUGGCAGCGGCUUCAAUGAUCUCUAUAAGAACCGAAAGGUACACAAGUGCGACACGGAGGGCUGCGACAAGGUCUACACCAAGAGCUCGCAUCUGAAGGCGCACAAGCGCACGCACACAGGUGAGAAACCGUACGUGUGCACCUGGGAGGGCUGCAUCUGGCGCUUCGCCCGCUCCGACGAGCUGACCCGCCACUACAGGAAGCACACGGGUGUCAAACCCUUUCGCUGUCAGCUCUGCACUCGCAGCUUCAGUCGCUCCGAUCACCUGUCGCUGCACAUGCGACGUCACUGAGCCGCAGGCCAUAUGGGAAUACUCAAAAAAUAGCCCCGACUACGCCCACGCCCACGCCCACGCCCAC